AUGGAUGCUGCGGGAAGGGGCUGCCAUUUGCCGCCCCUGCCAGCGGCGCGCCGAGCGGCUCGCUCUCCCGCAGUGGCGCCCGGCCCCCGCGACGCCGCCGCCCCGGCUCGGUCCGCGGCCGCCGCAGCGGUCGCCAUGAACCCCGGCUCCGCGGCGGGAGAGGACAAGGGCGCGCCGGGCGGCGGCGGCGGGAGCUGCUGCCUGGGCGCCGAGGGCGGCGCGGAGCCGCGGGGCGCGGGGGCAGCGGCGGCGCUGGGGGCCGCCGCCCUGGAGGAGCCCGCGGCCGGCGGCCCGAAGGAGAAGGACGAGGCGCUGGAGGAGAAGCUGCGGAACUUAACUUUCCGGAAGCAGGUGUCUUACAGGAAAGCAAUCUCCCGGGCAGGCCUGCAGCAUCUGGCUCCUGCACAUCCCCUCAGCCUUCCUGUGGCAAAUGGUCCAGCAAAGGAGCCCAGAGCGACUCUGGACUGGAGUGAGAAUGCUGUGAACGGAGAGCACCUGUGGCUGGAGACCAAUGUCUCAGGAGACUUAUGCUACCUGGGAGAAGAGAACUGCCAAGUCAGAUUUGCAAAAUCGGCCCUGAGGAGGAAGUGUGCGGUCUGUAAAAUCGUCGUCCACGCUGCCUGCAUUGAACAGCUAGAGAAGAUUAAUUUCAGAUGUAAGCCAACAUUUCGAGAAGGGGGCUCAAGAUCACCAAGAGAAAACUUUGUGCGUCAUCACUGGGUGCACAGGCGUCGGCAGGAGGGAAAAUGUAAGCAGUGUGGUAAGGGCUUCCAGCAAAAAUUCUCCUUCCACAGUAAAGAGAUUGUGGCUAUCAGCUGUUCCUGGUGCAAGCAGGCGUUUCACAAUAAGGUGACCUGCUUCAUGCUGCAUCACAUUGAGGAACCCUGCUCCCUGGGGGCUCAUGCUGCUGUUAUCGUCCCGCCCACCUGGAUCAUUAAGGUCAAGAAGCCUCAGAACUCAUUGAAGGCUUCAAAUCGGAAGAAGAAGAGAACAAGCUUUAAAAGAAAAGCCAGUAAAAGAGGAACUGAACAGGAAAACAAAGGUCGUCCUUUUGUGAUAAAACCUAUCUCUUCUCCUCUCAUGAAACCCUUGCUUGUGUUUGUGAACCCCAAGAGUGGAGGCAACCAGGGAACCAAAGUCCUGCAGAUGUUCAUGUGGUACCUGAAUCCUCGGCAGGUCUUUGAUCUUUCUCAGGAAGGGCCAAAAGAUGCGCUUGAGUUAUAUAGGAAAGUACCAAAUCUGCGAAUUCUGGCUUGUGGAGGGGAUGGAACGGUGGGCUGGAUCCUUUCUAUUCUGGAUGAACUACAGCUGAGCCCUCAGCCUCCCGUCGGGGUCCUUCCUCUGGGGACUGGGAAUGACCUGGCUCGAACUCUCAACUGGGGAGGGGGCUACACUGAUGAACCUGUCUCUAAGAUCCUUUGCCAAGUAGAAGAUGGGACAAUCGUACAGCUGGAUCGUUGGAACCUCCAUGUGGAAAGAAACCCAGACUUGCCUCCAGAAGAACUUGAAGAUGGCGUAUGUAAGCUCCCUCUGAAUGUUUUCAAUAAUUACUUCAGCCUUGGAUUUGAUGCCCACGUCACACUGGAGUUCCAUGAAUCCAGAGAAGCAAAUCCAGAGAAAUUCAACAGUCGUUUUCGAAAUAAAAUGUUCUAUGCAGGGGCAGCUUUUUCUGAUUUCCUACAGAGAAGUUCUAGAGAUCUAUCCAAACAUGUUAAAGUUGUUUGUGAUGGAACAGAUCUCACUCCAAAGAUUCAGGAACUGAAGUUCCAGUGUAUAGUAUUUUUAAAUAUACCCAGAUAUUGUGCUGGCACAAUGCCCUGGGGGAACCCAGGAGAUCACCAUGAUUUUGAACCUCAGCGUCAUGAUGAUGGUUAUAUUGAAGUCAUUGGGUUCACUAUGGCCUCUUUGGCUGCCCUGCAAGUUGGGGGCCAUGGGGAAAGGCUACACCAGUGUCGGGAGGUCAUGCUGCUCACUUACAAAUCCAUCCCCAUGCAAGUGGAUGGGGAGCCCUGUAGGUUGGCCCCGGCUAUGAUUCGGAUCUCCUUGAGGAAUCAAGCCAACAUGGUACAGAAGAGCAAGAGGAGAACAUCCAUGCCUUUACUCAAUGAUAUGCACCAGGUGUCCGCUGGCGACCUGCGGAGAGUCUCGGCUCCCCCUGGCUCCUUCACCACUCCCCAAUCUGUCCCAGACCGCCUGAGGAUCCGGGUGAACAAAAUCAGUUUACAAGACUAUGAAGGAUUCCACUAUGACAAAGAGAAACUUCGGGAAGCUUCUAUCCCUCUGGGUAUUCUAGUUGUGCGUGGAGACUGUGAUUUGGAGACUUGCCGUAUGUACAUAGAUCGCCUACAGGAGGACCUGCAGUCAGUUUCUUCUGGCUCCCAGAGAGUUCAUUACCAGGACCAUGAAACCUCCUUCCCCAGGGCGCUCUCAGCUCAGAGACUCUCCCCACGGUGGUGCUUUCUAGAUGCAACUUCUGCUGAUCGCUUUUACCGAAUAGACAGAUCUCAGGAACAUUUGCACUUUGUGAUGGAGAUUUCCCAAGAUGAGAUUUUUAUUCUGGACCCAGAUAUGGUGUUGUCACAGCAGGCAGGGACACCUCCAGGAAUGCCUGACCUGGUGGUGGAGCAAGCCUCAGGGCUGUCAGAAUGGUGGAAUCCUGCCCUACGGAAGCGUAUCCUGAGCGACAGUGGUCUGGGAACGAUUACUCCGCAUUAUGAGGACUCCGAUUUGAGGGAUCUCAGCCACUCACGUGUGCUACAGUCACCAGUCUCUUCAGAAGAUCACGCAAUUUUGCAGGCAGUAAUAGCUGGUGAUCUUAUGAAGCUAAUGGAAAGCUAUAAAAAUGGAGGCAGUCUGCUGAUCCAGGGGCCGGACCACUGCUCCCUCCUUCACCAUGCAGCUAAAACUGGCCACGGGGAGAUCGUAAAAUAUAUCCUGGACCACGGACCUUCUGAGUUAUUGGAUAUGGCAGACAGUGAAACGGGUGAGACCGCACUGCACAAGGCUGCCUGCCAGCGGAACCGGGCUGUGUGCCAGCUUCUGGUGGAUGCGGGAGCAUCUCUGAGAAAGACGGACUCCAAGGGUAAGACCCCUCAAGACAGAGCACAGCAAGCUGGAGACCCAGAUUUGGCUGCUUACCUAGAAAGCUGCCAGAACUAUAAGAUCAUUGGCCAUGAGGACCUGGAAACUGCUGUUUGACCCUGGUAGAUCACAAAGAGAACCUGCGCAAGUGUAUCACCUGUGCCCUCCCGGCGACUGGGCAGCUCCCCUGGAAGAAGCUGAUGGAAUCCAUAAAUCUGUCUCUCUCUGCAAGAAUCUGAUACCAUGCCACCAGUUGUUAAGGGCUACCAAGAUGUACAACAGAACAUGGUAGCCUACUGAGGAAGGGGCAGGAUACCUGGAGAUUUGUGGAAUACCCAAUUCCACAAAAUUUGAUCCUCAUUGCUUCCAGCAAGUAGCAUGAACUUCUGUGUUCACCUGUAUAAUUUAUUUUCAAGAUUCAAAGGAUGUUCGUAUAAAUGGCACCGCUCCCUCCUCCCCCAAUGCAUUCCUGAGUCCUCUGUACCACACAAUUCUACUGUAACUACCCAUCAUUCAAAAAAUAUGAUCUGCUUUCUUUAUGUUCAGUCUUUGAAGAUCACAAGACUGUCAGAAAGUCUAUGAAAACCCUCUGGAUGUCCUGCAGAAACACAACUGUAAAGCUGCUUCCAUUUCCAAGACAAAAUAUACCAAGAUGAUUAGUGACCUUUUGCAUGUUUCCCCUCCCUCCCCAAUCCCUUGUCAUUAUGUAGGAGCUGGGACGUGCCACAUGGAUGAUGUCAAUUUGUGCGCUAUAUAUCUGAGGUUUGGUAAGGUGGCAUGGGAGGGCAUUCAGGGGCCGGCCCUGGCCGCGGGGCUGUUGCUGAUAGCCAUGAAAGACUGGUUCAGCUUGGGCUGUUUGCACAGCCCCAUACUGCCUACGUGUAGCCAUCUUUGCCUUUUGCUGCAAUAGAGACGAGCAAAGGGUUCAACAAAGGCCCACGGCCAGUUUGCGGAACCACUGGAUUUUAAGUGCAGUUGAAGUUGCUGAGCAGAAAACCAUGUGUGGGGACUGCGAUUACAGGAAAUGGAGCACUGUGACAGCCUCUACUUCUAGACUUUCUUGAGUGAUAAUAGAAAGCAGGCUAAUUGACUUGAAAUAAAACAGCCAAUGCAAAAGUAGCAGCAUCUGUCAAAAUAACUCACUUACGCAAGAAAACAGUCACUGGCAUGUUGCACAGAAACUAAUAAGUAUAGACUGUUGGGUUACUGUGGUGAGAGGGGGCCCAUUUUAGGUUCUCUUUCUAAGUUUUUGGUUCUCAUCACCCCAAGUAAGCCUUGUCCCAAGGACAAAGCCUUGUUUUAUGAGUUCCACUGCCAGAUUUCCAGGAUGGCUGGAUCUUUCUGAUGGAUGCCUCAUCUUUUACUUGUCAGGUCCCAAGGUCAUACCCGAUAGCACUAUAACCCUAUUUCUUAUGUACAGGGUAGUCUAACACAUUCUUUUCUCUGUUUUCCCCUAUCAGAAAAUUCUUAGUACAAAUUGCUGUGGGAGCCUAGCUAGAAAUGUGUCUCUGGCAUUGGAAUUACAACUUCGAAUCUUGCCACAGAUCAGUUGGUACCUACAGGUCCCUCUAUCAGGGACUCUGUGAUAACUACAAUAGCAGGAGGAAAAGCCUCCUAACUUUCAGUGAGGAGGUCUACUUGCCUUGGGUAUAAAACAGAAAUGAAAGUGGAUAAAGGGUUGUCUCAGACUAAAACUGAUGUCUUCUGAGCUUUCUUCCAUUUUGCUCUUAGACACAGGCAAAGUGCUUCCCUAGUGUGUCUGCAUGUGAACAUAUAAAUGAUCUUUUUUCUACAUUUACUUUAAAGGUCCAUUGUUGACACAUUGCUUAUCGGAACCACAUUUUGGUCACAUAUCAUUUUGAAAGGACAGAUAUGAAUGCUGUAUUAAGUAGGAGAAACUUCUCAGUGGACGAGGAUGAAGUAUCUCUUUAGUCAAUUCAAAAUCAAAUUGUUAGUGUUAUUUCCAGCUGUAGGAGAACAGGUUGGUUAUGAGUAAUCUAUUUCCAUAUAUCAGUCUUAGAAAUGGAAUUAUCUGUUGGGUUUUAUGGUGAGGUAAGGAGGACAGCAGUAGAUUGUUUCCAGAAGCUGGAAAAAAAUAUGUUACAGGAGAAUUUAAUCACUGAGCUUCAUCUGGGAGUUUUUCAGUUGGUGGGACUGUCAAAGAGAUGUUGUGAGGACAGAAAUAUAAUCCUUAAAACAGACUGGAAUCUGGCUUCGAAUGGUGCCUUCCAUUCCCUAGACUGAGCCAAACAGUUGGCCACACGGUUGGUUACGCAGCUGCCAUUUCUGGGAUGUAGGACUAUUUUCACCAACUACCAUCUCAUAUUUCGUUGUGAUGCUUCAAAGCAGCCCAGAGAAAAUUUAGGGUAUAGAUGGCUAUGGGCCAAUUCAAAUAGGUCCAACUGAAGUCACAAGUAAAUUCCUGGUAUGAAAAUUGAUAAGAUAAUGACUACUGUAGGGUUCUGGUACAUUUGGAAAUCAUUCCAAGCCAAAAAAAAAAAGGAAAAAAAAAAAAAAAAGAAAGUUCUACAUUAUUGAUGGGAAACUAUGUACAACCAAGGCAAAUAUCCCUUUGAAGAAGUGAACAACCCUCUGGACUUGGGUUUUCCAAGAAAAGAAUAUAAAAAAUAAGCAGAACAGUUACAUAUUUAAUGGAUUCAAUAUUAAACCUACCUCCUGUAGCAUUUUUUUUUUUUUAAAUUGAUCACUGCAUGUAACAAUCUUGGGCUUCAGAAAGAGCUGAAGCCAUAUGCUCCAGGAGUUUCCAGCUCAGCUCAAGUAUAUAGUAUCCCCUUUAAUGGGCUAUCAGAAAGCGUAGAAGCAAAUGAUCUGGCCCUGGCCUGUAGACCCAUAUCCAUUUAAUUUAAAAGACAUAAAACUGUACACUUAUAAAAAUACAAUUUUCUACAAAACUCCUGAGGCGGUAUUGGAGAGAGGCUGUCUUAGCUGCCAUUCCUCUGUGUUUGGCUCAGAAGAGCCCCUUACAUAGCAGUGCUAUCUACUCUUGGAUUCCAUGUGUAGGUUAGGUUGACAGGGAGGGGGGUAAGGAAUGGAGAAUUAUUACAAGACAACAUCAACCUUAAAGGUAGUCAUUUUUGGAGCCAUAUAUUCCAGUAGUACACAUUUAAUGAAAUAGGAGCCAGUUAAGCUGUGCUAUAUCACAUUCAAGGACUGUUAAAAAAAAGAAGCCAAGAAGGAAAUAAACACCAUGGCUGCAAAUUUCACUUUGAGAGUUCUGGUUACCUCUAUGGAGACUAUAACCUACAACCAAUGCAAUUUCUGAAGAAGAGAAUUUAGUUGGCAAGUGCACAGCCCUGAAAUUCAUGACAGCUGAUGGAAAGCCCUGCACACCCCAUCACUCCCUUUCCUGUCAUACUAGCUGGCUUUAGCACUUAGGCAGAUGUGUUUGCACCAGGAGAUACUCAACAGGUAGUUUGUAUUUGGGCCUUGUAACCAUUUCUUUGCCUAAAGGAUUUCUGAAAUUUAUUUACCAGACUUCUCACAAUAUCCAUGUUUUAUAAUAUAUGGGGCAGCAGUUUUAUUUUUUUACAUUUUGAUUUAUUUAAAAUAUUUAGAUUUUUUUAAAUUAUAAAGGUAGAACAUGCUUUUUAUAAAAAAGUUCUAAUGGUACAGAUGGGAAUCACAGGCAAGAGGAACAAGGUGUUCCUCUGUGCUAGUGUCCUCCAUCCCACUCCCCAGGGAUAAACAGUGUUAACACUGAUCUACAUUGCUGCUUGUAUGUUGUGUCAGAAAGAUUGUGUGCACACAAGCCCCCACAGACCUAUAGAAAUCUAUUUAUUUGGAUACAUAUGUGUACAUAUCUAUAUGUGUACAUAUAUAUACAUAUACUAUACACAUGUUAUUACAUAGGUUUCCAAUAGACAAAACAUUUUAGAAGCAUGCUAGUCAUCUCUCUAUGUAUAGUUAACACCAACAGGCAAAGACAAGCUAACAGAAAUUUUUCAUUUAUUCUUUGUUGUUUCUGCUGUUGCUAAGCUCAAUUCUCUUACUGCAGCCACUCCAAUUGCACAUGGCAUUUGCUAUUGCCUGCGUCAUAAAAUCCAUGACCAAGAGGUCUCAUAACAGUUCAUGUUACCUUACACGAAGCAUGAAACCUAGAGCCCAGAGACUUGUCUGUGCUGUUUUUGGAUCUCAGAUGGAAAGUUUCUUUCUCUGUAAUGCUUUAUAAGGUUGAAUUUGCAGGGUUAACACUCAAUACGUUGCCCUAAUGAUAUUUAAUGAGGGCAAGCUGCUGCCAGGAAGGUGUAGGAACUGGGAUAUAUGGGCUGGGGGUCUGAGGAGCUCGGCUUCCUUCCAGUAGGUGUAGCUCAUGAAAUCAUUGAAAACAGCAUGAUCUUUCAUUCAGUUCUGCUGUUUAAACAUAUAAUAAUAGAUCAUUGUUGAUCAUUGUUGAAAUGGGAGACUUUUCUAACUAGUUUUUGACAUUUAUUUGUAUACAAUAGUUUCUUUUUUUUUUUUUUAAUUUUUAUUUAUUUAUGAUAGUCACACAGAGAGAGAGAGAGAGAGAGAGGCAGAGACACAGGCAGAGGGAGAAGCAGGCUCCAUGCCGGGAGCCCGACGUGGGAUUCGAUCCCGGGUCUCCAGGAUCACGCCCUGGGCCAAAGGCAGGCGCCAAACCGCUGCGCCACCCAGGGAUCCCUAUUAGUAUACAAUAGUUUCUACCCAGGUCUCAGUAGAACCUCUCUGAAUCCCUCUACUUCCUCAUUCUCUGAAUUCCAUAUUCAGCUGAUUGCUGCAGUUUUUUUUCUCUGUCUGGCUUCUCAGAUGGGCUUUGUCCCAUCCCUGUGCUCUGUGUCCUGAUCUUCACUCAUCUCUAGUCCCUCUAGUUUUCUGACCAUGGCCAUAGUCUUCCUGGACUUUCUGCCACUACCUUCAGUAAUUUUGUCAUACGGACACCCAAAUUCUUCCUCAGGGAUUCUGCUCAAAAUGUAUCAAAAUGCAGUUACCCUCUGGGACAAGUAUCCAUUUUGUCUGAAGGAUGAAGAGAUGUCCACUAACUCUGAUCACCUAGUUGACUGGACUAUACACCUGUUAUACCCAUCUGUGGAUUUUAGGCUGUAUCCCCACAGUUUAAUGAGAAGCCUAAAAAUAGGAAUUAAGCAAGGAGUAGUGCCUUUGGAAAAGCCACUCCCUGGACACACAGCACUGACCUGGUCCCCAAAAGAAAACAGGAAAAAUAAUUCUUAGGCUGUUGAAGCAUUGCCGUUUACAGUAGAGAUUUGCAUAUUGAAUGGUGUCCUCAUGGUAGACAGAUUCCAGAGUCUAUAUAUGUACUCAGGCAUUCUGCAUGCAAUCAUAUGUUCAUGAGUCAAGCAUACAUUUAUGUAUUUAAUCAUUUCUAUUAAAAAUCUAUUUAUCCCUCACUCUGAUGCAGGCAACAUGCUAAGGAUCUAAGAAUGAAUGCAAGAACCAAAACUCUUGACUUCAUGGAGCUGGCAACCUAAGAGAUUCCAAUGGGAUCAGUUCUGCAUGGGAGAAGCACAGUGUAGCAGGGAAGCAUGGACUGGGGGAUCCAUCAGGCCUUUAUCGUGCCAGUCACUCUUCAGCCAGCAAUGUUUUUGUUCUAAGAAAUAUGACAUGAGAAUAUGAAUAUGAAAGAAAUGAUAUUUUGCAUUUCCUUUCCCUAAGAGUCUUGGUAAUGUUCUUAAAAACAUAUUUGCAACCAAGACUUUCAGAUGAGACAGAAAUACUACUAAAAUGAGAGCUAAAACUCACGCUAUGUCUUCAGGACAAAACUAGAAGCAAUAGGCAAAAUUUGCAGUGGGUUUUGACUGAAUGCAAAGAUGAAGUAUAAAUAUUAUCCAACAGUGGAGUGGGCACUCCUAUGGAAUUACAUGUGCUUUCAGGCCCUGAGACUGUUUGAACAAAGGCUACCUGACUACCUGGGAGGGAUGCUGUGAUUAGGAACAUUUGUCCGAGAGGCUGGAAUCAGAUUCUGUGAGUUUUUGAAGUUUAUUUUUUUUUUUAAUGAUAAAUGACAAGAUUUCAUUUUUAAAAUUUAUUAAGAUCUUGAUUUUUAAUCUUUAAAAAAUCCCAUUGAGAGGAAAAAUCUUGGAGAUAAUGAUUUUUGGUUGCCAUUAAAAACAAUUUAAACCAGCUAAGCCUGAAUUUAAGAGCUAGUGCAAAGAAAACAUACUGAGAGGUCUAACUUACUCCAAAAUGCUGCUUGAAGCAUCAUGGAUUUUGAUGAAUGUUCCUUAGGCAUUCUUAAGUCACAUUAGAAAUUGGUUUUACUGUUCAUCCAACAACAACAAAAAAAGUGCUGUGAUUUGAUAUUCUUACAAUUAAAUGGACUACAACCACAGAAGAAAAUUUUGCCCAAAAGAUAUUUAGGAGCCAAGUAAAUGUAUGCAAAAGACAAUCAUGGAAAAUGCCUUUGCUUCUGCUGCAGGCAUGAUAACUACUAGGGAGGGCUCACCCAUGAUGAUAAGUGAUGAUUCUGAACAUUUUCCCAAGUUUUCAUAUUUGAGCCAAAUGGCAUCUGAAAGGGAUCCCUUCAUGGCGGGAACAACCUAAACUCUCUUGUUUCUCAAUCUUUUAAUGAAAUGCAUAUAGCUUUCAAAAGAAAAUAGUUUAAACAACUCAAAUCUAUACUGCUUACUGUUAUUGAUACUGUCUACUGCAAUUUCAGUAUUUUAAGAAAAAUUUAGUGUUUUAGCAUUUCGGUGCAGUUGUGACACCUUUGAGCUUCAGUACAAACCCAUGAGGUGGAUAAUGCAGGUAAUCCAUUUUAGGUGAUAAAACCAAAUCUCAACACAGUGAAUUCACCUUGCACGGAUGCAUAUAGUAAGUGGUAAAACUGCAGUCAGAACUAGGAUCUCUAGAUAUUACAGGCUAACACAUCCACAGUAGAUGUUUGCUACAUCCAGUAAUUUCCCACCACUGCCUGCGAUGCUGUUUCACGUCAUUCAGAUUUCCAUUCUCCAAAUUGAGAAGGUGCCUCCUUGAAAAGAUAAUGAUUUAGUAUCCCAUAGCAAGAAUUGAGUAGAACUGAGGGAAAAUAUGGAGUUACAAAGUCAGAGUUUUUGCUACCAGAGGCUUAUCGGUUGGGCAAAUUUCAAGGAAUAAAAGAUCAAAUGUUUUGGUGCCAAGGUGGAUUUCACGAGAAGAAGUGAACACUGAGGACGACUUCCUGGUUUCUCUGUGGUUCUCAACAUUUAAAAAUGUUAGUACUAUCUUCUUUCCUUGGAUGUCACUAUUGGAAUGAGAUUUUAGAAUUCUGUGUCCCGGAAAAUGUUGACGAUGGCUUGCCAUUCAAGACUCCCUUGUUUUAAGUGGGUGGGCAUGCAAAGCUGCAUCUGUCAUACAGUCACAUAGGUAGAGGCCUCGUAGACCCACAGGAAGUCCUGCUGACCUUGAAAUGGGAAGAAUAAACAGACCUGAGGGAUUCUUCACUUCCGGAUCUCAUAUUUUACAAAAAGGCACCUGGAUGGGCAGAUCAGUGACUAUGUAGAAGAAGGAUAUUUGAUCUGGAAAGAGGACAAAGUUAGAUUAGGAACAGGAAUGUUUGGAGGAGCCGGGUAAAGUAGAAUGGUGAGAUUCAAAUUCCAUACAGCAGAUAAUUUGUAGAAUAAAGCAAGGACAGAAGAGUUCAGAACUGACAUGAAAAGGAUGGGGCAUUAUUACUUCUAGAAGGAUUUCUCUUUUUCCGGAAAAAUGGGUGGGGCUUUCUAAAAAGCAAAGUGACUUACUGCAGCUAGGAUUUCUUUUAGUAUUUAAGCAAAAAUUGAACAACCAAAUGAGGGAACAGGAAAAAGCUUUAGUCUAAGCUCCCUCCUUAAUCGUGAGGGAGCUUAGACUAAAAGACUUCUGUGAUAUUUUCUAGUUUUAGAUGUCAAUGAUUUCAGACUCAAGGAGAACUCAUUUAGAGUCCCUGGCUUCUCUAGGUUCCUGCCACGUAGAUGGCAAUUAAAGCUAUUUUGUGGAAACACCAGUCAUUGUAAAUAUAUCCCAGAUCAUUGAGAAGCAAGUAUUUCAUGACCUUCUAAAACAAUUUUCUUUGUUUAUAUACACACCUGCAAAUGUGUACAUGCACGCACACCACCCCCCCCCACACACACACACUCUGUCUGUUGCUAGCUGUUUCCCAAAUCUCCUAAGAUAUAUGUUUCUACUAAGGCAGAACAGUCACAGGUUCAGUAACUUUAAAAAAAGGAUCUAGUAUUCAUUUUCCUACUCUCUACCCAUUUGUUGUUUGGGGUGUGUGGUUGUGGCUGGGGCUUGGAAGGGGCAGAUCUCUUUUCUGGUAAAGAGGCAAAAAGGCCAUUUUUGUAGCUUGUUGCCAUUAAGUAGGACUUAGUCUUGUGUCACUAGACUGAAAUGUUGCUAUAAUGUUUGUAGACUAUAGGUUUUUUUAAAACCCAUUUUUAAAAUCUUAUAAGAUUUUUAGAGAGAGAGAGCAUGUGUGCCCAAGUUGGAGGAGGGGGAGAGGGAGAGAAUGUUUCAAGCAGAUUCCCUGCUGAGCAAGGAGCCCAUUGUGGGGCUCUGUCCCACAGCCUAUGAGAUCAUGACCCCAGUUGAAACCAAGAGUCCCACGCUUAACUGACUGAGCCACCAGGUGUUCUGUGGACUAUAGUUUUAAUUGCUUAUCCUCCCUUAUUUCCAUAUUAGGCCUGGUUCCUAGAUUUCAGGUUGGCUCAAUGGAAGGCACUGUUGAGAUAGUCUUUAAAAAUGAACUCUUAUCUGGAAUCUUGCUCAGAAAAUGCUCCCACUCCACCUUCUCCCCCACCUCACCGUUACCCUUGCCUUGGGAAGGUAAAGGAAGAGCAGGGAUAUGAUAAAGGAAAAAAGAUUUGCAGGAGUAGAGCAAUAAUAAGGCUCAGUCUUUACACAAAUUGCCAUGGCAACCCACAAAUAAAUAAUAUAUACACUCAGCAAACUUUGAUCCUCAUGAAAAGCAAAUUCAGAAGAUGUAUAAAAAGAUUGAACUUAUUCAGUGGCUUCAAGGACUAUCAUGAAAUUUUCAAUCUAUGUAGCUUAGAAAAAUUAUGUGUGGAAUUUAGGGGAAGAGAGGGUUCCUGUAAUAGAACUUUCUGAUAGAGCUUUCCUCAGGACUGGGUUGUUUGUUAAAGGAGUUUCUCUAAGUGCUCAUAGGAGGUUAGACCUGUCCACAGAUUUGUGAUGGUCUAUGGUAAAAUUUGAGAGAAAUAAGGACAACUUAGGGUUUUUUUUUUCAUAAGUCUAAAUAUAUACAAUCCUUAAAAAUUCAAAGGCUAACUUUUUUAUUUUGGGGUUUACACAUAACCUUCUUAAAAUUAUAGAAUAGGAAAUGUUUACAAAUUGUCUUUACUUGUAAAAAUAAACCAAUGACAGCUCCAAACUGGUUUACCUUAUAUUUUGUUUGAAAUUUAUAGGUAACUCUGUGAGAUAUGUUGGCGAGAUUUAUCACUUUUAAGAUACUAUCUAGCUUUGAUACUUACUGCACCUCGUAUAAUGAAUCCAAAUGGUUCCUGACCAUUGGGUUUUUGGGUUUUAUUAACACUACAAUUUUUCAUUGGCUGUCCUCAAUUCCUUAUUGGUUGGACUGAGGCUCUGACCACAUGCAUAAUUUCCAACACGACUAGAACUCAGAUUGAUGCUAACAUCCUGAUUGUGGGCUGGGAAGCGUGGGCUUCUUGCUAUCCUGGGAAAUGAGAUUCAGAACUUUCAUAGACAUAAUAUUCUAGCAAAAUAGAAUAUUUUGCAAAACACAUCUUUGAAAGGGUAGAGUUUGAAUUAGUCUCAGUAAAGGUUAGGUAGUCUGUUUUUUAGGUUACUAUUUAUGUUUUACCAAUGAUUAAGUGACAACCAUGAAUCUGAAUAUAAUACGGAUCCUAGCUGAUCAAAAGAGGGGAAAACCAUUCCUGUUAAGAGUUAAAGGAACAGAGGACAAUCUCGGUUCCUUACGAAUGAAUAUAUUUUGUUUAAUUUGAUUUCUGAGUGUGAAAAGAUUCUUGGGCAUCCAGAGAACCCUUGGCUGGGGGUAGUUCACUCUCAGAGGCUACAUCUGUAUGAAGAGUUGCAGCCACAUUAUAAAGGGCUCUUUCAUGAUUUCUGAUUAUGCCCUAGCACAUCCCAGAGCCAUGAUUUUGCAAAGCUGCCAGCUGGCAGGUGGAAUCCCCCCCACCCCAAAAAAAAAAAAAAAAAAAAAAGAAAGUAGCAGCUGUGGCAGUAGAUUGAUGAAGUUUUAUUUCCAGGUGAAGUGGGAUCCAGAUAAUACAAAAUGGAGGGGGGGGGGGUGGGAAGGGUGGGGAGGGGAAGGGAAGAAUGGAUUUUUUUGUAACAAAGUCAUAAAGUAUUUUUCCCUAAUUUUCUUGCAUUUCCUAUUUAUAUAAAGUAUCUUGAUCACUGUGUUGCUCUACAGAGAUUUUCAACAGAAUUUCAUUUGGGAGACUGAACUAAUCUCUGAAAACGAAAUUGACUAGUUACAGUUACUUUUUGGACACUUUUUCUGUAUUGUGAAUUGUGUGGCAAUGUACAGAAUAAAAAUUAAGAAACAUAA